AUGGCGAAUGGAAGUGCACCUGAAGAGACAAGCACUGAAAUGGAACUUCAACUCAAGCUGUAUUUCCAGUCUUUUAGGAUUGGAUUGGUAGGGAAAAGCAAGCUAGGCUUUGUAGAUGGACGAUUUCCUAAGUCCAUGUUUGAACCAAUUCUGUUUGAUCAGUGGGAAAAAUGCAAUGUUGUAGUAUUAAGCUGGAUUAUGAAUGUUGUACAACCAGGACUCUUAAGCUCUGUAGUGUAUGCUUCAGAUGCACAAAAAGUGUGUCUAGAUCUGAGAGGGAGGUUUGAUACAGUAAAUGGAUCUAGGAUUUUUCAUUUGCUUAGAGAGAUUCACACACUGGUGCAGGGAACUAUGUCUAUUGCUGACUAUCAUUCUAGGCUAAGAGAUCUGUGGGACGAGUACGAUGUUUUUAUGCCUUGUCCUAGUUGUCCAUGUCCAAAGUCAAAGAAAUUUGGUAAACACUGUGACUAUCAAAGGCUCUUACAGUUCCUUAUGGGACUAAAUGAGUCCUACUCAAGUCCUAGAAGCCAGAUUCUCAUGAUGAGUCCAAUGCCAACACUUAACAAGGCUUAUGCCCUUAUUAUUGACCAAGAGAGUCAGAGAAAUCUAGUUAGUUCUGCUUCUAAUAGCUCAGGGGUGAUAGAAGGAGCAUCAAUGUAUACUCAUACUCAUAGAAGCAAUACCUACAGUGGUGGAGCAGGUACAUCUAAAAACUCCUUUCCAAGUGGAGCAGGUGGUUCAUACUCAGGAGGAUCUGGUGGUGGAUAUAGCAGUGGUGCUAAUUUCAAAUCUAAAAGGAAGCCAAAUGUGUAUGUUAAUCAAGCUACUGUUUCAGAAGAGUGUGGAAAUGACUUAUGUCAAUCAGGAGUUGGUGCAGGAUCAACUAGUGGUGCAUUCUUCACUUCAGAUCAAUAUCAGCAAAUAUUACACCUACUCACAAAGUUUAGAGGAAACAAGGUAGGAGAGUCUUCUGCAAACAUUGUCACUGUUGCAAAUGCAGACCUCUCCACUGGUCAGGUGAAGGGGAUUGGUAAAGAAGAGCAUGGACUCUACACCCUUCAUGAAGAAUCAAGUCACAAGUCUAGUUCACAGAAGUUAGUUCACACUACUAGUGUAUCUCAUGUAUCUGAUCAGUCUGUUUCUAGUGAUGUUUGUCAUAGGAGAUUAGGACAUGCUUCUAUUGAUGUAAUGAGGCAUGAGUCUCUCAAAUCCCUAAACUUCACAGAUUGUUCUUAUUGCACUGUGUGCCCUGUAGCUAAACAAUCUAAACUUCCAUUCCCUUUAAGUGUUCAUAACACUACUGUUGUAUUUGAAUUGAUUCAUUGUGAUCUGUGGGGACCUUAUAAAGUUCCUACUCACAAUGGAAAGAAGUCUGAUAAUGGUUGUGAGUUCCUCAGCACUGAGUUUCAAACUCUAUUGAGUAACAUGGGCAUUCUACAUCAGAUUACUUGUGUGUAUACCCCACAGCAAAAUGGGGUUACUGAAAGAAAGCACAGAACCAUUCUUGAUAUGGCCAGAGCUUUAAGAUUUCAAGCCUCUAUCCCUUUGAGAUUCUGGGGGGAGUGUGUUCUCACUGCUGUUUAUAUUUUAAACAGAAUCCCUACAAAAUUACUAGGCUACAAAUCCUCCUUUGAAAAAUUGUACAGGGAUCCUCCAGCCUUGUCUCAUCUCAAGGUGUUUGGUUGUUUGUGUUAUGCUGCAAGUCCUCAGAAACCUGAUAAGUUUUCUGCAAGAGUUGUUCCUGCUGUGUUUAUGGGAUACUCCUCCACACAAAAGGGCUAUAUUCUUUAUGAUAUUCAUGCCAAAAUGUUCUCUGUAAAUAGGCAUGUGGUGUUUUAA